AUGGGAAUUGCUGCUCCUGUAGUGAAAUCAAAUGCGAACAAUAGUUGGGCACGAAUUCCAUCUCGUCACAUCUAUUACUACCGUAGUUCUCAACAUAACGAUCGUUGGAUUCUCUCAUUUGCAUUUAUAUUUGAAUCGUCUGAUCCUGUUCAAUUUGCCUACUGUAUACCGUAUACAUAUGGUCAAAUGCAGUCAUGGUUGAAUGAGUUGGAAUCCAGGAAAUAUACAUUUUUUCAUCGGGACCUUCUGAUUCAUACUGUGCAAAAACGACGAGUAGAUUUGAUAACUAUUGAUGGAUCUUCUGACACAUUUCAAGGUUCUAAAAAAAUGAUUUUUCUAACAGCUCGAGUUCAUCCUGGAGAGUCUCCUAGUAGCCACGUAAUGCAUGGAAUCAUCGAAUUUCUUGUUUCAAAAGACGAUCGAGCUCAGAAAUUACGGAAAGUUUAUUGCUUCAAAAUCAUUCCAAUGCUCAAUCCAGACGGUGUCUAUCUUGGAAAUUAUAGAUGCUCUCUCAUGGGACACGAUUUGAAUCGAAUGUGGAGAGGUCCUUCAGAAUGGGCACAUCCAUCCAUAUACGCAGUUAAAAGUCUGUUGACUCAGUAUGAUAAUAAUCCGCAAGCCCAAACUGUAAUCUACGUGGAUUUGCAUGCACAUUCACAGAAACCGAACUGUUUUUUGUAUGGGAAUGUAUCUGUGACAGCAGUAAGUCUUCUUUUUCUUUUCAAGAAACUUUUCAAAAACCAAAAAAAAUUCCCGUUUCCGGUGGAAGAAAAGUCAACAUCCCGUCAGCUGUGGCUUCCUCAACUGCUUUCGGAGCUCUCUGAAGAUUAUUCGCUUGAAUUCACUCAAUUCAAUACGGAUGUUGAGAAGGCAGGUACUGGAAGAAGAACAAUGGGAGAACUAUUAUCAUGUCUCUGUUACACUCUAGAAGUUUCUUUCUUUUCUUAUCGUCACGUGGAUUCGUCAGGGAACGGUAUUCAGCACUGUACUCCUUAUCUACAGUAUAAAUAUGAAGCUCUUGGCGAAGCUUUUUGCAGAGCUCUUCUUAAUUUUUAUGAAGCGGACUGUGGAAUUCGAGAAGUUUUACUGGAACGUCCAUUCAAAACUUUUCUACCAGCUCGAGCACAAAAAAGCUUGAAAAAACAAGCGAGGAAAAUGAUACAAACUGUUAUGAUAAAAUGA